GUUAUUCAAUAAAACUAGUUACCAUUUGGUAUACGCCACAAACCCUCAACAGUUCAUCAUACACAACUUCGAUCCGCAGCGUAGAUGGAUGCAAAAGCCUUAGCAAAAUCUAAGAGAGCUCACUCUCAACACCAUACUAAGAAGUCUCAUUCAAAUCACAAACACAAAUCCUCCCCAAAUGAAUCCAAAAUUUCGCUCCCACAUCCCUCCAAAGAUGGAAAUCUCCUCUCCCAGGCUGCGCCUAAACUUCCCUCAAACUGGGAUCGGUACGGUGAAGCUACGGCUCCAAUUCCCGAUGUUAUUUUGCCAAAGACUAAAGGGGCUGAUUAUCGCCACCUCAUUGCCGAGGCUCGAUCGCAGAUGCAGUCGUCUACUUCAAUGGAUGUUUUUCCGUCUUUGGAUGAUGUUCUUCCGAGUGGGUUAAGUGGUGGAGGAUCUGCUAUGCUUGCAGCGAGGGGGGAAGGUCUCUUGUCUUUGAUUGAAGAUGACAGUUUCAUUGUGGAUGAAACAGCCACUGCAAUUCCUGAGGCUUCAUUUCUUUCAUUGAAUUUGCACACGUUAGCAGAUCAACUUCAAAAAUUAAAUGUAGCACAGAGGCUCUUUAUCGAGGAAGAUAUAUUACCAUCAGAACUGCAUGCAGACGGAACGACGGUAUAUGAUCAGCAGUCAUCUCAGAUACAAACAUCAGAGUAUCAAGGGGGAGCAAGAAAUAUUGAAAUAUCAUCUGUCACAGAGAAAGGAAACAUCAAAGAUGUAGUUCGAGAUGUGACCAUAGCUUCUUCGUCUAGCUACUUUGGAAGUAUCCAUCAAGAUCCAACCUUCAAUCCAUCGCCAACUUUGUCAAACAAGGUCCAUUAUAAUGCCCAUCCAAUCGAGUGGGAAAUAUCCAGCCAAACCAAGGCUCCAAAGUAUACAGAACAACUUAACACGAAGUUCACGACCGAAAAUCCAAACAAAAAACUCUCGAAGCUUGAUGCAACAUCUGCUGAAGCUGAACUGGAUAUGCUUCUGAACUCAUUUAGUGAUACAAUAAACCUAGACAACACCACACCGAGUAGCUCGUCCUGCAUAGAUGCAGUCUUUAAAGCUUCUCCUCACCUUCCAAAUAAAGGUCCAUAUUCAGCAAAGAAGGCACCCAUUGCUUCAGAACUUGAUGAUGCCUUGGAUGAAUUGCUUCAAGAUACAUCCUAUCUAAUAUCUCGUAAAGAAAAGCCUACCAACAGUCAUAUCCAAUCUCUUUCACUUCAUUCUGGAACCAACUCCAUUGCAAAGAAUGAUUUUGAUUCUUGGCUUGAUUCAAUUUGAGUUCAGUAAGUAAACAAAUUUCUUACCCAUCUAACCCAAUUUGAUGUGUGAUAAUUUAGUCUGUGCCAUAGUUACCUUUUUCAUUUUUUUUUGUGCUAGAGAGCACCACCAUUAUUUUAAUCUCAACUCUAUUGGGGUUGGCUUGUUACUCUUUAUGCAACCAUGUAACCUAAUUUGUUGUGUGGUAGUUAGUUUGUAAAUUGAGGUUUGGAAAAAUUUGUAGUACGAUGGUAGUACAUACAUCUUUCAUUUAACAUUCGAUACGAUUUUUUAUGAUAUAUUAUUUUAUUUUUUUGAA